UCAAGGCCAGGACAGUAACCACCUCUCUCCAACCGAGGAUCAUAACUUAUAUAUGGUUCACUAGCUGUUAGACAGAACAAUCUAAAUGUAUUGCUCAUCUUUCUACAUCUGAAAGACUCUGUGGUGAAUUCAAUUUGGUUUUGGCAUCUAGCUCAACCACAGUGUCACCAACAACUGUAGCAGCACUGGCUGAUAGAGGAGGGUAGGUCCUUCUGUUCCUAACAUUGAGAAUGACACUGAAUGACUGUCAGCUCCUGAUCAGCAGCUGACCUCUGACCUCUGAGUUUAAGCACUAGGAAUGACCAUGCAGGAAGCCAUAAUGGCGACACUUAGAGAGGAGCUCUUGAAUAUUCUGCUGGAUUUAAGUGAAGACCAGUUUAAGCUUUUCAAAUUUCACCUGAGAGACAAUGGCAUCCCACGGGCUAACCUGGAGAAGGCAGACAGGCUGGACACGGUGGAGCUCAUGAUAAAUAAAUAUCCUGAUCGUGGAGCUCUGGAGUUAACCUUGAUGAUUUUAAAGAAGAUCAGCAGGAAUGAUCUGGUGGAGCGUUUGCAAAACUUCAGACCGAAAGACUUCAACCCAUUUCAUGUUGGUGCUCACACAGAAAGAUCUAACAGAAAGAAGGCCAGACCACUAAUGUGGGUCCAGCAGUUUGCAGUGGAAGUGACUCUGGAUCACGAUACAGCACACCCCAAUCUUAUCGUGUCUGAUGAUGGGAAACAAGUACAUCAUGGUGAUUUCAGGAAGAAACUACCAAACACCCCUGAGAGAUUUUACAGCUGUGUAAAUGUUUUAGGAAAGCAGAGUUUCUCCUCUGGAAGAUUUUACUAUGAGGUUCAGGUUAAAGGGAAGACUGCCUGGACUGUAGGAGUGGCCAAAGAGUCAAUCAAAAGGAGGGGAAAUAUCACACUCAGUCCUGAAAAUGGUUUCUGGACCAUGGAUUUGAGUGAUGGAGAUGAAUACAUAGCUAUUGAUGAACUAGUAGCUCAUCUCUCUCUGAAGUCUAAUCCAGAGAGGGUUGGAGUGUUUGUUGAUUAUGAGGAGGGUCUGAUCUCCUUUUACGAUGUAGAAGCUGCAGAUCAUCUCUACACCUUCACUGGCUGCUCCUUCACUGAGAAACUCUACCCAUUCUUCAGUCCCUGUACUAAUGACAAAGGUAGAAACUCUGCCCCCUUGAUCAUAUGUCCUGUCAAACACAAUGAAGAAUAUGAAAGAAAGAAAGCUGAGCUGCAGAGUGUGCAGCAGUUUGCAGUGGAUGUGACUCUGGAUACUGAUACAGCACAUCCUGCUCUCAUCCUGUCUGAUGAUGGAGAACAAGUACGUUGUAGUGAUGUGAGAAAGAAACUCCCAGACAGCCCUAAGAGAUUCAAUAGUUGUGUUAAUGUCUUAGGAAAGCAGAGCUUCUCAUCAGGAAGAUUUUACUUUGAGGUUCAGGUUAAAGGGAAGACAGCCUGGACUGUAGGAGUGGCCAAAAAGUCAAUUGACAGGAAGGGGAAUAUCACACUCAGUCCUGAAGAUGGUUUCUGGACUGUAUGGUUAAGGAAUGGAGAUGAGUACAUGGCUAAUGAUCACCAUCCAGUCCGUCUCUUUCUGAACCAGCAUCCUCGGAAGGUGGGGGUAUUUGUUGAUUAUGAGGAGGGUCUGGUCUCCUUUUACGAUGUAGAAGCUGCUGAUCAUCUCUACAAGUUCACUGGCUGCUCCUUCACUGAGAAACUCUACCCAUUCUUUAGUCCCUGUACUAAUGACAACGGUAGAAACUCUGCCCCCUUGAUCAUAUGUCCUGUCAAACGCAACAAUUAGAUUACUCCUGCUGUCCUUUAAAGGCCUCAACACCCACACAGCUGUUUUGUAU